AGGCCGAGGGGGCGCGGACGGGAUAGGAAGGGGCUCAGCGGGAAAGUGGGAGCCCUCGUGUUUUCCCGACUGCAGAGGCCCACCUGGCCAUAGCGAGGAGAGAAUUCCGAGGGCCGGGCUUGGGUUGGGUGGCGCUGGAUUCCCAUCUUGGGCGUCCCCAGGCCCCUUUCCCCAAUAAGCACACAUCAAAAAUAAGCUUUGGCCGUCCGCAUAGAUUGGAUGAGGGCCUUUGUGAACUGAAGAGCCAGAAAAGAAAAACUGCACACAGUGUCCUUAAAGCUUGAGGCAACCUUGGGAUUCUGGCCUAGUGCUGACUUCUUGUGUGAGUCUGGAGAUUAGGAAGUGGCUGCCUGAAGUAUUUUCCAAAGAAUAAACAUUACAAAGCAUUGAAUACCGAAGUUCACAAGAAGAUCCUAUUGAAUUGGGGGAACACAACGUCCAGCAGCCACAAGGGAUGCUGCCCCUCAGGUGCCAUCUGAAACAAGCUCCUCCUCAGAAGAUUUUGUGUAGGUUCUGUGCCAUGAUGGGGAAACUGCAAAGCAAACUCAAACACAGCACUUAUAAAUACAGCAGGCCCGAUGCAAUUAUAGAAGAGAGAAUUCAAACUACAGCUUUUCAUGAGUAUAGCCCAGCUCACGUGGACACCGUCUCUGUUGUUGCUGCUCUGAACUCAGACCUCUGUGUCUCCGGAGGAAAAGAUAAGACAGUUGUGGCCUAUAACUGGAAAACCGGAAACGUGGUGAAAAGGUUCAGAGGACAUGAACAUGACAUCACCAAGAUAGCCUGUCUUCACAAAUCAAACCAGUUCUUCAGCGCCUCUCGGGACAGGAUGGUCAUGAUGUGGGACUUGCACGGCUCCUCACAACCCAGGCAGCAGUUCUCGGGCCAUGCCAUGGUGGUCACUGGGUUAGCUGUGAGUCCUGACUCAACACAGCUGUGCACUGGCUCUCGGGACAACACCCUAGUCCUGUGGGAUGUGGGGACCGGACAGUGUGUGGAGAGAGCUUCGGUCUCCAGGAACCUGGUCACUCACCUGUGUUGGGUCCCCAGAGAACCAUAUGUACUACAGGCUUCUGAAGAUAAAACCAUCAGAUUAUGGGACAUUCGGGGGCUCCAGGUGGCUCAUAUAUUUCCUGCAAAGCAACACGUUCAGACCUACUGCGAGGUCAGUGAGGACGGACACAGGUGUCUCUCCUGCAGCAGUGGCUUUGGAGGAGAAGGCUGCGAAGCCACGUUGUGGGACCUAAGACAGACGCGGAACAGAAUAUGUGAGUAUAAGGGGCAUUUCCAGACUGUGGCAUCCUGUGUCUUUCUACCAAGAGCAUUGGCCUUGAUGCCUGUAAUCGCUACCUCAUCACACGACUGCAAGGUGAAGAUUUGGAACCAAGAUACUGGAGCCUGCCUGUUCACCUUGUCUCUGGAUGGAUCAGGACCUUUGACCUCCCUGGCCGUUGGCGACACCAUCUCCUUAUUAUGUGCAAGUUUCCGCAGAGGAAUUCACUUGCUCAGAGUGGACCACAGCUCAGGGCUGGAACUGCGGGAAGUGGCAGUAUUCUGAGGCCAAGAGACGUUUGCUGGGCAAAAUCAAGCCAUGGCCUCUCCUUUCCCAGUGUGGCUUUGCUUUUCCAUGUUAUCUUCAGGGUACGGCAAUGUGCGGUUGGUGUUCUUUGUUUAGGUUCACUUGUCUUAGAAGGUAUAUCAGUGUUAGAAGUCAAUGUGAAGCCAGUGGUUCAAAAUCAGGUACAGAGUUUAGAGACAGAGACAUGGGUUAAACAUAAGGUUCUCAAUCUACGUUAAAUCCAAAUGCAAGUUUUAGCGAGCUCUUGGGACUGCUCUUCAGAAAAAAUAUUUAUGGCUCAAAUGGUGACCUGUUAGGCCUCUGUCAUAGGCCUCUGUGAGAUUCAAGACACACGCUCUGAGUCUGUUGAACUGACCUGUUCCAUGUCUCCACAAAAGAAAGAAAAGCAAGGGGGAGAGACACUCUGCUUUGUUUGCUUCAAAAUUAUCCACACGGGAAAGAACAGUGCAGCUCCAUAGAGGAAGUAGACUGCAGACACGAGAUUCAGCUCCAGUCACUGCUCCUCGGCAAUGGGAAGAAGCAAAGUGAGGGCAAGAAAGCAAAAACCUUGGCUUCUACUCAAAAUAGUAGAAGAGAGGGUGGCAGAUCCCUGCCAGAUCAGCGCGGAGGUUACAUGAAAAUCAGACCUGAGAUGGCUUGAAGAGGCCGACAACCCCAAGGACCUUGUCAGAAUUGUAGGAGUUAUCAAACUGCGUCUGUGGAUAAGAAAAUGGAGAGGUUGUGGGAUUAAUGCUGAAAAAUUUUUAUUUGUACAUUUUAAUAUUUUUAUUGUUUUAUGUAAACUCUUUCCAGGGAAUGGCCAGAGUGAGGCUAAGGGAGUAUCUGCAAUGACAAUAGGACAUCUAGGAAAAAGUAGAGGCAUGGACUCAACUGUGUGUUCCCACUGAGCCCCGCAGCGAGGAGGGGCAGGGUGCUCAGAUCUGCCUGUGUGGCCCCCAGGAGAUCAGUCUCACCUGGUACUCACAAGCCCACUUUCCUCCAGGGAAAAUAGAGUCCCUCCUGCCUUCAGGUAAGCCCACGCCUGAGGCACCUGCCACCGGGGGAUUCCCUUUCUGAUGAAAGAAAGAUUGUGCAUUUGUCUCUGUGGCCCCUGCCAGCCCCUGAUGCCCAUGGCUGACAGCCAUCUUCCUGUCUCCCUCCUGCUCCUCUGUAAGUCCAGCUCCCUCAAGCUGUCUCCACUGCCUGGGCAGGAGAAUCUUAAGCUACUGCAAAGCGUCAAACCUGAAUUUGACUCUCCAGUUCUCCAUUUAGCUGGAUCUUGGGCAAGUUAUGAAAUCCUCACUUGUUAUAUGGGGCCAUAAUCAUGGAUUCCUCAUGGGGCUGUUCUGAGGACUGAAUAGAACUAUAUUAAUGCCAAGCAAGGUACCAGGUGCUUAUAAAUGGUAGCCAUUGGUACUUAUUGCCCUCUUUCCAGACCAAAUGCUCUUUUCCACACAUUUACCAGUCAUCUAUCCUCCAUUGAUCUUAUUUUCUAAGACUUUAGUCAUUGUUCAGCUUCCCCUUUGAUUCCUUAAGUUAUGGCCCUUGGCACUCUGGAAACACAAAGGGAUAGUAAGCAUGGAAACUGCUUCAUUGAGCACCUAAAGGUUUAUUCUCACUCUGAUUCUUAUUGUUAUUCCCAUUUCACAGAUGAGGACGCUGAGGCCCAGGGACAUGUAGUCCUUUGCCCAAGGUUAGACAUGAGUAAGAAGGGGAAGAACUUAAAUUUGAACCUGGGUCAGCCUGACUCAAAGCCAGAUUACUUCCCUCUCUUUCCCUUUCCCUUUGCCUUUGCCUUUGCCUUUGCAUGAUGUCAUAAAGUUCGCUUUAGAAAUGCACAGACCAUGACAUUGUGUAUUUUCUAGACCAGUUAUUAACUUUUUGGCUCCAAAGAGAUCUUCCUGGCCAGAUGCCUAGGAGCAAUAGACAGAUGUCUCAGGGAAAGUUCUAGAGCACCUAUCAGUGCUACAGUUGACCCUUUCUUCUAGAAGGAAGACAAGCAGUAAAUCAGAAAACCCAAGGGAGUGGUUUGGGAGGGGGUCCCAGGGCUGCUGUGAGAGGGAACAUACUGUGAGGAAAUAGUAGGCCUCUGAUGGACUAGCAGGGUUCUAUUACCGAUAAAAUCGUUUCCCUAAACUCUACGCAUGUGCUCGAUGUAUAAAUUCCUUAUUUGUGCAUUUUAAGUAGAAAAUAGAUUAAUAAAUGUAAAUGUUUUUAUAAAAAAAUUCAGUGUUAUAUGCGCUAAACAGGUUCUCUCAGCACCUAUUAUACAGGCUGCUGAAAUGUAUUCAUUCAUUCAUUGGACUCUUCAUUUCAGAGGCUGCCCCUCUGAAAUCAUAGUAAGGAAUUUUCCAAAGACAGUUGACCUUUUUCCACCGGGAAAGUAUAUAAGCUCUUGGAACCUGACCAGUUCUAUAGUCAGUAUUUAAUACAUCUGUGUCUUUGCUUACACAUUUAUCAUUUAAGUAUAUUUAUAUAUCGAAGGAGGAGUGGUGAUGAUUAUUGGCCUUCAUUUUGACACAGGAAAUACAAGAAUAAAACUCAGGGCACUUGGUGUUUUUAACCUUUUAACACUGAGAAAAAGGAAGUUAGCUAUUUCUGAGUAACCUUUGAAACAUAAUUAUUAAAGAACAGCUUCAUCAUAAAAAAUACACAGACUACUAGUUGUUUCCUGAAAUUGGCACUUCUGGGUACAGGCUGUCCGGCUCAGACUACAUUCCUAGCUAGGUGUGGCCAUGAGAAUAAGUUCUUGUCAGUGGGUGGUGAGUGGAAGUGAUGUGUGUAACUUCCACCUUAUAGCUUGAAAGAAACACAUUUGUCCACUAGCUAGAAAGCAGACUGCCAGUAACAGCUCAACUAUUCGGGCAAGGGCAAGAUGAUGAACCAGCAAAAAAGAAGGAACUUGGGCCCCCGAAUCACCUCAAGGACCUGAACUGCUCCAACAACCUGACCAGCCGGACUGUGACUUGGAAGAGAAAUGAACCACCACCAAGCCAUUACAUAUAUUUUUUUAAACUUUUAAUUCAAGUAUACAAUCAUAAACCAUUUCAGACAUCUUAAGGUUUUAUAAACUGAACACACUAGUAACCAGUACCUAGAUGAAGAAGCCAUAAUAUAUCCAGGAACCUCGAUGGCCUCCCUCAUACCACCCUCCGGGCACAUCUGAUAAGGGAUUUAUAACAACAAACCGGUUCUACUUUAUAGAAAUGGCAUCAGACUCUUUUGUAGUAGAUGGCAAGUGUGGCCACAGAUUUCUCCCCUCCCUGUGUGUCUGACCCUUUCAAUGUGAGUUGCUCUCCUCAGUGGGUAGGACCUAUUUCCCCACCCCUCAAACCUGCACUGGUCUUUUCACUUGGUUUGACUGACAGGAAAGUGAACGCUGUGCAGCUUGUGCGGCUGUGGCUUCAGAGGCCUCGCAGCUUCACUUUCACCCUCUCGGAAUGCUGCUCAGGUCUGUCAGGAAGGUGGCCGAGGCCACAUGGAGAAGAACCAAGCACCACCAGAUAUGUAAAUGAGGCCGCCUCGGACCUUCCAACCCCACCAAAUCUGCAGCCAAGUUCAGAUGACAUAGAAAAACCACAGCUAUUCCACACAAUCAUGAAAAAUAGUAAAACAUUGUUUUGAGACACUAAGUUUGUUACGCAGCAAUAGAUUCAAGUGAAACAGGCAUAUGACCUUAUUUUGUUCAGGCUUCUUUUGCUCAACGUGUUUGUGAGAUUGAUUCAUACCUUUGCGUAUAGUGGAAUAUUAUUCCUUCCCAUUGCUGUAUAGUAUUCUAAUGUGGGGCAAUAUUGUAAUUUAUCCAUUUCACUACUGCUAGCUUCUGGUUUGGGGCUCUUACAAGCAGUGCUGCUAUGAACAUUCUAAUAAUAUGUCAUUUGGUGGACAUGCA